AUGCCGCGCGGGACCCGGAAGCGGAGGCGCGAGCCGUCCCCUGACGCCGCGGCCGGGCAGAGGAAGCUCCUCCCCGGCGAAGUCGUCGAGGUCUGUAGUUUUGAUCCAGGGCUGUGUGGAUCAUGGCAUCAGGCAGUAGUCAUUGAUAUGUUGGACAACUUUCGCUCUGUAAGGUACAAUGAUUUUGUUGAUGACAAUGAUAACGGGUCACCUCUUGUUGAGAAAGUUAAGGUAUCAGAUGCUGUUGAUGGCAAGUCAAGUGUGCCUGGGGGAUUCACUCGUGGAAAAAUAAGACCGGUGCAUCCACAUCAACCGCUGCAGGUAUCUGAUGCAACCUAUGGACUCUGUGUUGAUGCACUGGUGGAAGGAUCCUACUGGGAAGGUGUUAUCGCUGAUCAUGCUGAAGGAUGCGUGGAGAGGAAGGUCCUUUUUCCUGAUGAAGGCGAUGAACGCGUUAUGGCGGUUGAUCAGCUGCGCCAUACUCAAGAUUGGGAUGAAGUUACUGGCAAAUGGAAACCACGCGGAUUCUGGUUGCUUCUCCAGUUGCUUUUAUCAUAUGAAGAGAAAGAUGGCUUGCCUGCAUCAGUCAGGCAAAUAUGGUACGACUUGAGAUCAGAUCCUUCCUUGUUGACAGAAGCCAAUUUGUGGAUGUGUGGGACAGAAUCUUUUUGGGAGAGAUCAGUUGCAAUCCUUAUUGCAGAAUUGUGGUCCGUGUGUGGCAGACCUCUCCAAGAUGGAUAUCACUCUUGUAGAUCAGCAGAAGCUUUAACAUCUGCAGACUUCCCAAAUAAGAAGGUCGAGCCCACUGUCUUGGAUAAGCUGGAUCCCACAACAGCUGAUAUCUCCCAGACAAUGUCAGAGUUCAUCUCAUACUAUCGGAGCAAUGACAGGAUAGGUGCUCGUGCCAAGAGGGAUCCUAUAAAGCGCCAUCUUAAAUCAUUAGGGUGGACCUUUGUAGAAGAUAGACCCAAGAACAAGUAUUGUGUCUCACCUGAUGGAAAGCGCUUCAUAUCUCUUAUAGGAGCAUGUGAGGCUUAUCUGGCACAGAAGGAUUGUCAUACAAAUCAUUUGGUUUUACAUAGAGUGACACGAAGUAAUGAAUAUAUCAACCCAACUGGCAUGGAUCUUGCCCUAAGGGAGAACACAUCCUACAAUAAAUUGAGUACGAAUGCCUCUACUUGGAAACCAGAGCAAUUGAAUGCAGAACUUUCCCCACUGAUAGGGUCACUGCUUGUUAGUUACCAAGAGGGCACCACCCUUUCCCAGAGACACAUUAGUGAAACCAUGAGGAUGAAGCUGAAGAAGCAUCUGUUGGCAUUAGGUUGGAGUAUUGAGGUCAGAGAAGAUAAAGUUAUAAGACAUCAAGGUAAACCAGAUAUUAGUAAGAGAUAUCGGUACAAGUCACCUUUCGGGAAGACCUAUUUUUCUAUCCUUAAAGUACUCAAAAGCUUCACAGUUCAAUGUGAUAAACAAGUUCAAGGGAACAGAAUUGAAGACAAUUAUUUGGCAGCAGACAGAGUAAAUCUUGAUGCAACAGUUUUGAGUGACCUGACAAGACUUGGUAAACGCAAACGUGGACAGAAAUCUGAUGACAUAAGAAAAUACAUAGACUUCAUGGAAGCAGAUGCGCAGAACUCCAGGAAAAAGAAAUGCCUGAGAUUAAAAGCUAAGAACUUCCUCAAAUCUGCUGGGUGGAAAGUCUGGCGAAAGAAAAAAUCUAGUAAGAAGCGGGAACCCCGUUAUGUUGCUCCACAUGGAAAGUCCUACAACUGUCUGCUGGCAGCAUGUAAAGGAUACCUAGAGCAAGGAUAUCACCAGGAGAAUAAUGCAAGCUUUGGGAUCACCACCGAUGACAUGUUUACCUUGACUACAUGUCAUGGAAAAUCCAAGAAAAGAAAAUCAUCAUCAGCUCCUAUGAAUCAGGCACGAGUUUUGACUUCAAGACAUGGACAGAUCCUGCCAUCUCAGCAUCGUGCUAAAACUGUUCUGUCUUUGUUGGUAGAAAAAAACAUUCUAUUACCUAGAGUUAAACUUAUUUAUAAGCAAAGAAGUGAUGGGCCUCAGAUAAAGGAAGGUUCUGUUGUUAGAGAUGGAAUAAAAUGCAGGUGUUGUAAUGAACUAUUCAGUCUGGAAAGUUUCGAGGUUCAUGCUGGGUGCAGUACUCAGUUUCCUGCUGCACAUAUGUUCUUAAAGGAUGGGAGGUCCCUUUCACAGUGUUUAGUUGAAUUAAUGGGUGAAAACAAGCCCAAAGAUUCACUGCAUGUGCGCUUGAAGAAAAAUUAUUCAGAUCUGGAAAGUGAUUCAAUAUGCUCUAUAUGCAAUGAUGGCGGGGACAUAUUACUUUGUGACGGUUGCCCUUCAGCCUUCCAUCAUGCUUGUGUUGGUCUGGAGGCCACUCCAAAAGGAAGCUGGUACUGUCCAUCUUGUAGAUGCAGUAUUUGUGACUCUGGUGAUUAUGAUCCUGAUACCAACAAAUUCACUGAGAAGACUGUUAUGUAUUGUGAUCAGUGUGAACGUGAAUAUCAUGUUGGUUGCAUUAGAAACAAAGAUGAUCAGCUUACCUGCUGUCCAGAAGGGUGCUGGUUUUGCAGUAGGGAAUGCUCAGAGAUAUUCCAGCAUUUGCAAGAGCUUAUUGGGAAACCAAUUCCAACUUCAGUUGAAGGCUUAUCAUGUACCAUACUGAAAUUUGAUAGAGAAAAUGUCAGUGGCAAUGUCGAUUUUGACAAUGAGAAAAUGGCAGAACAGUAUGGCAAGUUGUGCAUUGCACUUGAUGUUCUUCAUGAAUGUUUUGUUACUAUUAUCGAGCCCCGCACACGGAGGGAUGUUUCUGAAGAUAUCGUGUUCAAUAGAGAAUCAGAUCUCAGACGCCUUAAUUUUAGGGGAUUCUACACGAUACUUCUCCAGAAAGAUGGUGAGCUAUUAUCUGUCGGCACUUUUAGGGUAUGCGGGAAGAAGUUUGCUGAGCUGCCUCUUAUUGGCACAAGAGUUCAAUAUCGUCGACAAGGAAUGUGUCGCCUUAUUAUGAAUGAACUGGAGAAGUUACUCUCUGGCUGGGGGGUGGAAAGGCUUCUCUUACCGGCAGUUCCUCAGCUUCUGGAAACAUGGACAGGACCUUUUGGUUUCACAGCAAUGUCUAACUCUGACAGGUUUGACUUGGCAGAGAGUAGCAUUCUCAGUUUCCAGGGAACAACCAUGUGUCACAAGAUUCUAAAUGCUGCGGGUCAUAAUCCAAAGGAUUUGAGCAUCCAAUUGAUCCUUAAUGCUGAACAAAUGGAGUUGGGGGAGAACAGCAUUGUCAGUUUUGAAAGAACCACUUCGAAUCAUUCAGAAGAGUUGAAGGUUACAGCGCUGACCAACUCUAACAGUUUAGAGUUGAGAGAGAACUCCAUUUUCAGCUCUUGGGGAAGCACUAUUUAUCAGAAGGUUUCAAGUGAUGCAUUUGGUCAUCCAGAAGAGUUGAAUGGGUCUGAAUACCAAGUGGAGUGUACUGGUAUCGUUCGUGAGAUAUUGGAAAGUGAUAGUCAAGAAAGCACUUCAGUGGUGAUAGAGGAUACUGACCGACUGGAGCAUGAGCUGCUACUGGAAAUUCGGAGUAACAGUGGUGAAGAGGACAGUUGUGCCAUUGAUGUUCCCACUACUACUCCAAAUCAAGAAGUUAGUUUUACAGUUGACACCCAUGAGCAACCAUAUGGCAGUCUUGGUGCAGAUCAUCACAGCGAGAAUUGUGUUUUGACUGACAUUAGGCCUGUCGCAAAAAAAGCGCUUCCAGGAUUGAAACUGAAAUUCUCGGGUAAAUGCUACAAACGGAGUCGAAAGAGUAGUGGCUGUCGAGGAAUGAAAUUGAGGUUCUCGGGUAAAUGCUACAGACGUAGUCGAAAGAGUGGUGGCUUCCGGAAACCAGGAGUGUGUGGCUAAGGGUCUCGAUAAAAUGACCGAAGGGUGGAUCCAUUCCUCCAAUGCUUUGGAUCCACCAGGAUGAAAUUUUGCACAAUAAAUACUCAGAGAAUUUUGUAUGUAGACUUUAGUCAUCGCCUUAGCCUUGCCAGCUAGUCAGUCAAAAGCUAAUCUGCACUCUCUAGGAAGGGUUGCUUCACGGUGUAGAUCAAUACCAAGCACUCACU